AUGACAUCACCACCUGUUGGUGCAGCCAAUGCAGCAGAUUAUGCCACCCUGCGGAUGGUUCAGCUGCGGCAGGCCUGCCGCGAUGCCGGACUGCCGGUCUCGGGAAAGAAGGAAGAAUUGGCACGGCGAUUACAGGUCGUGCAGGAAGGGAGACAAGAGGUGCUGGCGCGCAGGCAGGCCUAUCAGGCCUACACCCAUCGCAGGGCCGAGAGAUCUCGAAGCCCCAAGGGCGCUUGCAGAGCAAGUGGUCGGGCAUCGAGAAGCAAGCAGGUGAGAAGCAGAGGCACGUACCUCAGUAUCGAAGACUUCCGAAAGCUUUGGUGGGCCGUCAAGGAUGGCCGCCUGAGCUGCAGCAGCUGCAGCAGCACGAGUGCUCCAUGCUGCCGCGAGGGGCGCUUUGGGCUUUUCGUACUUUGCAGAAGCGGCAGAGGUGGCUGCGGCCAGCGGGAGACGUUAGUUGGCGCCGUGCAGCGGCUGCCAGAAGGCCAUGUGCCGGUGCUGACAGUGGAGCUCGAGGACCGGACCGUCCUGGACCGGAUCGCUCCGAUCGCGCUCGCCAUCGCUCGCCCUUCCUUGCACUGA